UUUCACUUCCGGGUUGUAGUUUUGGCCCCGCCUACUUCUUGCACGCAUCCGUCCCUCCUUUGAGUGCUCUCCUCUCCUGCCAGCAGCAGACCUCAGCCCCUGCAAACUUCUCCUCGGCUUUAAGCAAAGACAGUCUCUCCUUCGGUCCUUUGCCACCACCAACAUCAUGUCCUCUGGAAACGCUAAGAUCGGCAAGCCUGCCCCGGACUUUACAGCAACAGCUGUAGUGGAUGGACAGUUCAAGGACAUCAAGCUGUCAAACUACAAAGGAAAAUAUGUGGUCUUCUUCUUCUAUCCCCUGGACUUCACCUUUGUAUGUCCCACUGAGAUUGUGGCUUUCAGCGACAGGGCAGAGGAGUUCCGCAGUAUCGACUGUGAGGUGAUCGGCUGCUCCGUAGACUCCCACUUCAGCCACUUGGCAUGGAUCAACACACCAAGGAAGCAGGGAGGUCUGGGCAACAUGAAAAUCCCCCUAGUGGCCGACCUAACAAAGACCAUCUCUGCAGACUACGGUGUGCUGAAGGAGGAUGACGGCAUUGCAUACAGGGGUCUGUUUGUGAUCGAUGACAAGGGCAUCUUGAGGCAAAUCACCAUCAAUGACUUGCCUGUGGGCCGCUCUGUGGAUGAGACUCUGCGCCUGGUCCAGGCCUUCCAGCACACUGAUAAAUACGGAGAGGUCUGCCCAGCUGGCUGGAAACCAGGGAGUGACACCAUCAUCCCUGAUGUUGACAAAAGCAAAGACUUCUUCUCAAAGCAGUAAAUGUGAAGAUCUACUAGCUGACUUCCUAACCGUAGCACUUGCCUACAUACAAGAGGUGUCCCUAUGAAGCAGUAUCUCAUGGCGUCCAAAUGUCAGAGGUUGUUAGAUGAAUCCUUUGAUCUAGUACCUUAUCUUUGUAUGUCUAAUGUACAAGUGGUGGGGCAACCUCAUAGUCUCAAGCACUGAAAGUCUAGUUUUGUUCCUUUUUCAGAAAAAAGUAUUGAUUUGUUUUCUUUGCUGUCAAUCAUUUGCUACCAUCUUUAUUAAAACAGUGGGAAAAAAAUG